CUGCGUCGGAUUAUUCCGAUCUCUUACUCCUACGAAAGCGGAAGGAUCCUCUCGCCGAUUCAGCCCUCGGAUCCACCUACGUCUGCUCCACCUCCGACGAUCGCCCGAUUGAAGCAUCUCGAUAGAAACAGAGGCCAACCUGAUGGGACUCGAUCGGACCUGAAAAGUCAUCCACUCCAGCCUCUACGCCUCGCUACGGACGAACUUGCCCCGGGAGGUCAUGGGUUUCCGGGCCUACCUGUUCGUGGCAAGCGGGAAGCCCGGGAGAGAUCUGAGGAGGUUUCCGGGCUCGGUGAAGUGGUUAGGUUUAGGAGUGAGAUGUCCCAUGUGGGGUUUGCGGAGGGUCGGAAUUGGUCGGUAAGAUUGAAAAUUGGGAAUGAGAAACGUGGAUACGAUGAGGUGUACGACGCCGUGGUAGUCUACAACGGGCAUUAUACGGAGCCCCGGGUUGCAGAUAUACCUGAAUAUUCUUGUUUGAACAAAAUGAUGUCUGCAAAGUCGAAUGAGUUCAGUAUACCAUCGAACUUCAUCACUUUGGGACUUUGUGCUUCGCAUCAGGAAAGCAUGCGAAAAAGUGGACUUACUGGGGAAGGAAUUACUAAUGAUUGUUCUUGGGAUGAUAAUCUCUAUUCUGGCUUCAAAUGGUGAUAUAAUGCGAACUUUGGUUUAGCGAUUUUGAGAAACUGGUGAUAUAGCAUAUUUUUUCUAUUUCCUUGGACUUUUUCCAGCAGAAGGAAGAACAUGUCAAGAGCCUAUUAUUGUUGUUUUACUCGAUUGCCGACUUUCCUAGUGUUUGUAAGAUGAUGAGAUUUUGACGGAUACUAGUGUUAUUAAUGCUAUUUGGCAUUAACAUUAUUCAUUAUUGUUUAUGUUGUAGUUUGUUUAAGUUUCCAUUUGAGUAUCAUAACUUCAAUGUUGGCUAGUCAGGGAAAUUGAGCUUCAUUGGGUUUUACUUUGUUCUGAAAAACGCGCCCACAAAGGGAGCUUAGGUAGAUAUCGCACGGGAUAUAGAUGGGAUUGUUAAUGUAAUUAAAAUAUUAUAUUUAUUAGUACUAUUUGGCUAUUGGUUGUGCACGCACACAGUCAGAC